GCAUUUUGCUCGUGCAUAAGAUAUUCAUAUUGAUAUUUCGUGAUGCUGUUUACGCGCAAAGAACCACGGUUAAAGUCGAAAGGAGGAUGUGCCAAGCUCCAAUAUUGCCCCGGGCCCGUCUGUCUCAAAUGUUGUUGGAAGUGAGACAGGGCCGCGUUUUGGGUUUUGUCCUGUGUAGAAUAGUAGAUAGAGAAAUCUAAUAUAAAACAAAUCGCUAUCGUUCUGCAGUUUUUCUUUUCGCGCUUUUGUGUAACUGUAGUUCUAGUUGUAGAUACCACCUAUCACCGCAACUUUUUGCCCCCACCGUAUUCUUGAGGACAUCACUCAACGAACACACACGCUGAAUGGAUCUUGUGCACGCUUCGCGGCCUCAAGUCCUACGGCCUCGUGGUUUCGCAAACCCGGGCAAGACUAAGCAUACGUAAAAUGAAAAUCAAAAUACAGAAAGCGAAGAGUUUGAUGAUCUGUCGACCGACGCGCACGGUUGUCCAGAGCGCGGGCAUGUGGAGACGAGCAGGGCCUCUUCAAACGUAGUCCACCUAGUUCUUUCACCAGGAGGUACUACGAACUGAACAGCAGCUGCGCCAAAAGAUGAGCCACGAAGAUGUAGUAGCUCCGGCUGCUCCAAACUUGGCUCGUGCUGGAGGUGUUCCUGUACCUCCCUUGACGGAGUUUUCUCCGCCGCCACGAAAAUCAAAAGCGGAAGAAGAAGACGACGCCAGCGGCACAAGAACUACUUCUCUGACUGUUUCAGAAGCCUUAGAAAGAGAAAGCAAGCGGAUUGCGAUCUUGCGCCAGCAGAUUGAUCUCGAACUGGCUACUGCCUUCUGGAACAACGCUGUAGUGACUGCUACAGCAGCAGCCACCUCGUCUGAAAAAUCGUCCACACCAAGGAGAAGUACCAGUGUGAAGGAACUCGAUCGUUGGACCACUUCAGAAGUCGUUCCGGCUCCAUCGAGCCCCGGAGGUGAAGCUGCGCCGCCAUCGCCUCUGACAGACAUUGUACAACCACUGCCCCCGCCUCACACAACCUCCGGCGGAUUGAUGAACCUUGGCCUCAAGGAAGCACCAGAUGCCGCAGCCGCCGCACGGCUCCUUAUGAGAACCAAACUUCCUAUUAAUCCAGUGGACCACCUGCCCGUGGAUUUACCACGACUCAGCUGGGACGUUCUAGACCCCAAGAAGAUCCAGCGGGUGUUUCACUGCGAGGGGCAGACCGAGGCGGAAAUGGCCGAGUCUUACGGGAGACUUUGCGGAGACCGGAUGAAAAUCUUGUUUGACUUCAAAAAGUAUCCCAUUGAUGUGCAAAAGUUCGUUGUACUUGUAUCGUGGCCACUAAGUUGUAACUGCACCGACGGCGACGCAUGACAGGUCUGUUUCUUGGCCUGAAACUGCAUCAGAAAUUUCGUUUUUUUGGAGAAUUUUGAUGUGAUGCAACUUCCACAAGCACGAUGCUUUUGCCAAUUGCUAUUGCAUAAAAAGCAGCUGUACCAGUACUUUGAUGCCGUGGACGACUGGUAUGAGUACGCGAUGGACGUGAAGGCCAUGAUGGAGCAAAAGUGCCCCAAUGCGUACAACGAGAUUGUCAGCAUCGCGAAGGGCAGCGCGGAUUUGCACGACAUGACAGAAUCCAUGCUGUUCAUGAUGGCCUGCGAGUACGAGGCGAGCAUGACCUUUUGCGACCGGCGGAAGUUCCGGAAUUCCUACGCAGUGUCCCGGAGCAGCUCGCGCACGCCGGGCGCCGGCGGUUUCUCUGGAUCGGCGUCGUCCGUGGUCAGCGGGGGCGCCGGCGGUUUCUCGGGAUCGGCGUCCGUGGUCAGCGGCCGGUCCUACACCGUCGCAGACGGGUCGGUGGGAAACGAGGAGGUGGUCGACCUCUCACAGCACCAUCUGGCCGCAGUAACGACAGGACCGGGCGGCGGACAAGCGCCGGAGCCCCAGCCCCAGCCCGCCGACUUACGGCAGCGGUCCCGCUCUCGUCGUGUAAUCGACAGCAGUUCUACUCGUGUUCACACACCUCCGUCUUCUGGCAGGGGGAAGAGCAAAGAGCUGCUGAUUAACCGCGCCGUGGAGCGCUUACAGGAGGAGGGAGGACAAGAUGAACAAAGAAUAACAAUACCAGCACAGGACUCCAUCUACAGAGGACAAUAUGAUGCCCAAGAUCCGCAUCCGCGUUUGCUUCUUGACACAGAAGAACUACAUCAAACUCGCAGCUUUUCAUCUACUUCCCACAGUACUAGCAGUCGCAAGCCGUACACCAGCCCGCGACACCAGCACCAGCCACAGCUCAGCAAGAACACUGUCAAAGACCCAGAAGAGGAACUUUUCCGCAAGUUGAUCUCCGGCCCGAAGGCGUGCACCGGUCUGGUUUGCCGUGCCUACGCCGAUGAGAACUUUAGCUUGGAGGUGGUGCCGCCCAUGAACGGAGUGGUCACCUUUGAAGUCGAAAAAAUGGAAGAGUCACACUCCGCGCCGGAGACCUUCAUGAGCAGCCCGACGGCGUUUUCUUCGCCACGGAUCCAUCACGAUAAUUCAGAAAACAUCAAUUACAAUUUGGCUUCUUCUGAGCAAGCUGCCCCGGAUGAUACCGACAGUGUGACGACUGCGGCUGCAUCAGGCGGGGUCACCACUUCUAAAAAUAGUAGAGUCCUGACGAGUCCAAGCGAGAGCAAGACCAGUGCCGGCGAGGACGGGACGCCGGUGGUCCGAGAGCUUUCUACUUCCGAUCAUGAACUGCACAAGAAUUCUCCGUUGAUGUUGAUGGGGCAGGGAGGUGAAGUCGAAGAAGAAGAAGCGAGAUCGGGUAAAGUUUCAUCUCCGGCGCCGCAACAGCAGGAGAGCGACGGCGAGUUGUCCACAAGAACUCCUGCUGCUCUCACGACCACUCCUUCGACGACGGCCGACGACCCAGCGACCGCAACGAGCAGCGCCCCGCAGGUUGUAUUUGAAGUGCAAGACCACUAUCAUGACGUGCACAGCACCGUGGCGGGAACCUUGAUGACGCGUCCCGUGCAGAAGGAAAAGCCGCGCGUUCGAUUCGUAAAUGUGGCCGCAAAUUCGACUUUGCUGUACUACAGCCUGGACGUGGACGCUGGGUUGGAAAUAUGAAAGCGUGACACUAGUAAAAAAGCCCUAUCUUCACGUAUCAGUCUAUCAUUUGCAUUUUUUCUUUUGAGUACAAAGAUAACAACAAGCAGCGCUUGCGGGUCCAUUCCUGCGAGACGGGGCUGACUCUGUCGGAUGUUGAAAUCUGUACCUGUAGCUGUACCACAGCGGUUGAAAAUAUAGACAAACCCUGUGCCUGGAAGACGAAGAUGCAAGAACAACGUGCUCGUGAUAGAGCUCUCGUCUACUUCCCUUAUUUCCGCUUUCAUAGCAAACGCAGGACAGCUACACGGGCGUAACGACCAGCAUCGACCCACCGGACGUGCUGUACCGUGUCGAGAACGUGUAUGGCGUUCUCAAACGUUACAUUCUAUAACUGUUAGACAAAUUUGUCAUGCAAAAGUACCUUAAGCCGGCAGAUGAUCGAGCUGCUUCGCAUGACAAAUUUCGGAAGGGCUACUUAGACAGCAUCUAAAUCUGCGCCAAAAUUGUAAUGCAAAAGGCGCAACGGCAACCUUCCUCCUUUCACUUUUGCCAGUCUUGCAUUACAAAUUUAUGUAGCAGUUCGUUGAGAAUGUAACAUUUGCGAACUCCAUAACGUGGAGAAAAAAUCCGAACAGACCAAGUCCUGCACCGGUUGCGGCAUAUGAAAGUGCACAACUCCCCCUCCCCCUCAUUUGUCAUGCAAAAUUACAAAUCCACCCUUUGCAGACUGUUAGCACUGUCUGCAUGACAGAUUCCGGAAUCCAAAAUAGCACUACAAUCUUCUAUCUAGGUAGGAGUUUGUCAUGCAAAAGCUGCAUCUUUGCCAGCGCUUGUGUUGCUGUUCAUGCAACACAAAUGAGGUGGAGGGGAAAUUGUGCAGUUUCAUACGGCAUUCAGACCAACGACGAGACGCCGCCGCUGUGGCUGAACGGCGCGCUGGAUGUGAUUGUGGUGUACCCUGGCAUCUCCGCGCGCUACGUGCACCCCGGGCUGCCCAUGUACAUGGGCGUCAACGAGUGGGGCGUGUCCGUGCUCUGGAUGGCGGUGGACGACGGGUCUCGGAAUGUAGUAGGGACCAAGACCCAGAUGGACGAUCUCCUGUUCAAUACACCCGGCGGCACUUCUACGUCCCCUAGUGGGAAAAUGAUGAUGCCCCGGCUCUCGCCCGUCCGGGAGCACGAUUACGACAGCGACAAUUUUAUCUCGGACCACUACGACACCUGGUCGGACCACAGCCACGCGGUAGUUUUGGACGGCGGCAAGAAUGGACGAGCAGGACGCGGCGCUGGUGGUGCACCAGCGGCUUUAGUUACAACUAGCGACUUCGAAGAAGAUGUUGAUCCAGUUCCAGCCCCAGAUCCCGCAGGAGGCGCCCCAGUGGAGCAGUUUCUCCCCCCCGUCUACAGCUUCGACGGCGGGAUUCCCACGACCGUGGCCAUGCGGGAAAUGCUGUCGAAAAAGUCGGCGGAAGAAGCCGUUUUGUGGCUUCAGGAACAGCGUUUGGCGGUGCCAAAUUCUUGGUUCGUCUCGGACAAGAAAACGCGGUACAUUGGUAUGACAGAUGAGGACUCAGCUGUGAAUAGAUCAGUUGUGAACUGACGUGUUGACAAGGAGGUGGAGGCUAAUCUAAUAUAUAUAUUUAUAUGUUCCUUAACGUCGAGCAAGACCAAGCUUCAUUGGAGUUAUGCAGCCAAAAUCAAAGUUAAUGCUAAGUCUGUCGGUGUGACUUUUAUGCAGAACCAACCUGCAGUGUUGGUGGUGUCGGUGUGAUAUCACACGCGGCCCUGCUGCUGCUUUUGCUGUCGUUCAUGCGACAGCACACAGCAGCUCUCCUUGUCAAUGAACUGAAGACGCUGUCACAGCUCGUCUUAAGCAAGUCCAUAAUCGUGGAAGUUGCGCCAGGGCAGCAGGUUUUUGUGCGGGAUGUGUCGCAAGACGAUUUCUGCGCGCAUGCGAACCAGUUUUCGGAGUGCCCGGAGCUGAUCGCCCGCGACCUGAUGCGGGUGCAGUCCAGUCCGCAACGGCUCCAGCGAUGCCGAAAAGCUAUGUGGGACGACAAACUUAUCUCUAGCGAUGAUAGUGUGGUUGUGAUGACAUGAGUACUUUCAGGCAUAUUACAAAUUUGACAUAAUGAUGAUUCCGUCUCUACUCGUCCAGGUCUAGCAUAAUCACAAAAGGAAAUAAGUACCACAUCCCUUGCACAAUACCGUCAUUGCAAAACAAAAUCAAAAGCAAACAUAGGCUCCACUACAGUCGCUAGUUGACAUUGUUUCACACGAUAAAAGCCGGGCGCGAUCAGGUGCAGCCCUCCGUUAAUAGCGGUGUCGCGGACGUGCAGGAGGCGGCUAAGGAGGCUUUUUUGGACCCCAUCUUGUUGCGGCCGGACGGCAACUGCCUGGCUACCAUUUUACUGGAUCCGCACGCGCCGGCAAUUGAGGUGCGCUUCAAAGAACACGAAGGCCCGGGGACGCUGGACCGCGAUAACAAGUGGCAUCGGGCCGAAGUGCACCCUACUGCUGCUCCAACUUCUACACCGGGAGAAGGUGCUGGAGCGGCCCCCACAACGAGCUAGAAGGCCCGGGAGGAUUUUUUCGAUUCUGACGAGGGCGUGAAUAGCAGGCGGAAGAAGAAGGCAGCUGCCGACGGCAUCAAGAAUGGUCGCUAGAUGCACAUUUUUGUGCGUGUGUGAUCAUAAACAUAUUCUGGCGUACUGAAACAAAUGAGAAUGAAGUUCUUGAUCAUGUUUCCUCGCAAGAUAAUGGUCUGAUAAUCCAUGGACGAUUUGUAAGUAGUCCUGGCACAGUAGUUUACUUUAGUCUAGUCAUUGAUUCAGUUUUUUACGUUUCGCUUUCGCAUUCUCAAUCCAAAUUUGUAAAAGACAAAAGAAAAGCAAAAUUGCGUGCGGAAAACUUGAUUGCGGGACGCACUGCCACCAC